AUAUAUCAUAGAUAGCCGAAGGAGGUGAGUCACUUCCAAGAUCUAGAUUUUGGAGCUUGAGCUUCGACGCAGGUAAAUAUGUCCAGCCUCCACGCCAUGCGCAAGGCACAGAGGGCUCGAGGUCCGGCCACCAUCAUGGCCAUCGGGACCGCCAACCCUCCCAAUCUCUACGAGCAGAGCACGUAUCCGGAUUACUACUUCCGCGUCACCAACUCCGAGCACAUGCAGGAGCUGAAGCACAAGUUCCGGCGCAUCUGCGAGAAGACCAUGGUCAAAAGACGCUACCUCUAUCUCACGGAGGAGAUCCUAAAAGAACGGCCAAAACUGUGCGCCUACAUGGAGCCAUCUUUCGACGACCGGCAGGACAUCGUGGUGGAGGAGGUGCCCAAGCUGGCCAAGGAAGCCGCCGCCAAGGCCAUCAAGGAGUGGGGCCGCUCCGUGUCCGACAUCACCCACUUGGUCUUCUGUUCCAUCAGCGGCAUCGACAUGCCCGGCGCCGACUACCGCCUCGCCAAGCUCCUCGGCCUCCCCCUAUCCGUCAACCGCAUCAUGAUCUACAGCCAGGCCUGUCAUAUGGGCGCCGCCAUGCUCCGCAUCGCCAAGGACCUGGCCGAGAACAACAAGGGCGCCCGGGUGCUCGUGGUGUCCUGCGAGAUCACCGUGCUCAGCUUCCGAGGCCCGGACGAGCACGACUUCCAGGCUCUCGCAGGCCAAGCGGGGUUCGGCGACGGGGCAGCUGCGGUCAUCGUGGGCGCAGAUCCCAUCCAAGGCGUGGAAAAGCCGAUCUACGAGAUCAUGUCGGCCACGCAAGUGACGGUACCGGAGAGCGAGAAGGCCGUCGGUGGCCAUCUCAGGGAGGUAGGCCUGACCUUCUAUUUCUUCAGCCAGUUGCCGAUGAUCAUCGCCGACAACAUAGAACAUAGCCUGACCGAGGCUUUCAAGCCCCUGGGGAUCGCCAACUGGAACGACAUCUUCUGGGUGGCGCACCCGGGGAACUGGGCGAUCAUGGACGCCAUCGAGCGCAAGCUGGGGCUCCAGCCGGAGAAGCUCAGCACGGCGCGGCAUGUUUUCUCCGAGUACGGGAACAUGCAGAGCGCCACUGUGUACUUCGUGUUGGACGAGGUCAGGAAGCGAUCGGUGACGCAAGAGCGGUCCACCACCGGUGACGGACUGCGGUGGGGCGUGCUCUUUGGGUUUGGCCCCGGGCUCAGCAUCGAGACCGUCGUGCUCCGCGGUGUGCCACGCUAGGGAUUUCCAUCCCCCCGUAAUGAUGCACGUAAGUAAUCAUCAAUCUAAUCUAGUGUGCUCUCCAGAUGUGUUGUGUGAAUUGUGACGACGCUGUAAACGAAUCACGCUCUUUCCUUGCUGGGUUUGGCCAAAAAGAAGGGAUACGAUGGUGGCAUGUAUGUACAUGAGGAACCAUCCCGUGUUCAAUGAAUUGAACCCAAAAAUAUCCCUUUUGAUCGUA